AUGUCGAUAGAAGUGCUGUGCGGACUGGUUCGUGGGUGCUCGGUAAAAGCCGCGUGGGAGAUGACGGCGGCGCGCAGUCAUCGUCCAGGAGGUGCUACAAACACACGCGAUAUGCUGCUAGUUAUAACGUGUAUUCUCGCGGCCGCGACCGCCGCGCCUACCGUUCCCGCCACAUAUGACGAGCGCCAAGACGGUGAAUUCAACGUACGCGCCGACGUGCAAAAUGUCGUAUUAAUCGUCGCUAUACCACAAAAACUGUCGUUCCCUAACAGUUUGCUCGAUGGCUUAGUGAAGAGAUCGAAGCAACGCAACAAUGAAGAUGCUCAGGACCGCGCUGAUAUUCAAGUUAUGGAAGCUUUCGUGGAGCCUAACACGCCUUACCAGGUUGAAAUAGGGCCUGGCAGUGAGAGGUCCUCGGGAGGUGGCGGGCGAGCGGCUGAAGUUGUAAUCGCAGGACGGAGACGAUUGGAAACGGAGCCAGCUGAACGGGACGAGUACAAGCUUCUAGGGGCCACAGAACAGUGUGGUCCUGAUCGCGAAAGGGACCCGGUCACACUAAGCUGCCGUGCUCGUGUUAAAGAAAUUGAAGCUACCCCUGAGAAAACUCCAGAAGUUGUCCCAGUUUCGUCAUAA